AUGCAAUUGUUAAUUAGAGAAUAAAUACCAACCUUAAUCACUGGAUAGACUGGAGUUGGUAAGUCUAUGUUAGUUUAAUCAUUGUUAUUUGAAAUGAAAUUGAAUGAGAACAUUUAACCAGUGUUAUUGAACUUUUCAGCACAGACAAAAUCAAAGCAAACCCAAUUGGCGAUAGAAUCUAAAUUAAUUAAGAAGGGCAAAAUAUUAUUCGGAGCAAGAGUAAAUGAAUAAAUAGCUAUUUUUAUUGAUGAUAUCAACAUGCCUGCAUUAGAAAAGUACGGUGCUUAGCCCUGCAUAGAACUCCUAAGAUAGAUGAUAGAAUUACAAGGAACUUUUGAUCGUACAAAACUAUUUUGGAAAAAUAUCGAGGAUGUGACUCUGUUGAUAGCUGGUGGACCUCCAGGAGGUGGAAGAAAUCAAUUAUCUCAACGAUUUGUCAGGCAAUUCAAUGUUCUGAAUAUGCCAAAUCAAUCUGAUUCUAUUUUGGAGAUGAUUUAUGGAUCAAUUUUGAAAGGCUACUUUAAUAGCAUUAACUUUAGUGAAAGUGUUAGGAAGACAAGUGACUAAAUCACGAGAAUCACAGUUGAACUAUUUAGAAGAAUAUCUUAAGAACUAUUGCCAAUACCAGCCAAGUUCCACUAUACCUUUAACUCGAGAGAUAUUAGCAAGGUCUUUUAAGGUUUAUUGAUGAUCAGACCUAUCUCCUGCAAUAAUAGUAAUGAUACUAUUGCUAAAUUAUGGGUCCAUGAAUGUGCCAGAGUCUUCUGUGAUCGUUUGAUUAGUGUUUAAGACAAGCUUUGGUUUUAUAAUACAGCAGUUGACUUGUUGAUGAGGUACUUUAGUGUCAAUAAGGAUGAUAUAACCAGCAAUAUAUUGUUUAGUGAUAUUCUUAAAUUAGAAGCUGCAAAUGUCUUAUAUGAGGAGGUCACCGAAAAGAGAAAGGUGAUUGUGAAAUCCUUACAAGACAAAUUAGAUGAUUACAUCAUGGCAACGAACGAUAAGAUGGAAUUAGUCUUUUUUGAUGAUGCCCUAGAACAUAUCCUAAGGAUAGCUAGAAUCUUCAGGUAACCAAGAGGAAAUGCAAUGUUAAUUGGUGUUGGUGGAUCUGGUAAAUAGAGUCUCACUAAAUUGGCUUCAUUUCUUAUGAGAUCUGAGAUCUUUUAGAUUGAAAUUGUCAAAACCUACAAUGCUGACUCAUUCCGAGCUGAUCUAAUUAAAAUCCUAAUGAAAACUGGAGGAGAAAGAAUCCCAUUGACAUUUAUAUUCAAUGAAGCUCAGAUAGUCUAGGAGAGCUUCUUAGAAGACAUUAAUAACAUCCUCAAUACAGGUGAAGUUCCUAACUUGUUUGCUAAGAAAGAAGAUUUGGAAUAGGUAUAUAACAAUGUAAGGCCAUAAGCAAUUAAAGCAAAGAGAUAGGAUUCCCCAGAAUCCUUGUGGACCUUCUUUGUAGAAGGGAUCAGAAAUUCAUUGCAUAUUGUCUUAUGCAUGAGUCCUGUAGGCAAUCAAUUAAGAAUUCGAUGCAGGAAAUUCCCAUCUUUGGUAAAUUGUUGUACCAUUGAUUGGUUCACUUAAUGGCCCAAGGAAGCAUUACUGGAAGUCGCCAAUAAAUUCCUCGACAAAAUCCCGAAUCUGAAGUAAAAGGAUCAAUUGGCGCAAAUGUGCAUGGAAGUCAAUCUCUAAGUUGCAAAUCUGUGUGAUGCAUAUUAGAAGGAAUUGAGAAGAUAGGUUUAUACAACACCCAAAUCAUAUUUAGAUUAAAUAUAACUUUAUGCUGAUUUAUUAAUAUAAAAACAAUAGGAACAUGGAUUGAUUUAAAGAAAAUUGGCUGAUGGAUUGGAUAAAUUAUUUAAGGCCAAUGAAAAAGUAGCUGAGUUGAAAAUUAAGAUGCAAGGGAUUCAGCCAUAAUUGAUAGAAUAAUCUGCAAAAACAGAGGAAUUUUUGAAAUAAUUGGCAAUAGACUAGAGUGAAGCUAAUCUUAAAGAAAGACUGGUAAAUGAUGAAGCAUAAAUAGUCAAUCAAUAAGCAUUAGAGAUUAAAAUAAUAGCAGAUGAAGCUUAAGCUGAAUUGAAUAAAGCAAUGCCUGUAAUGAAAGAAGCAGAAGAAGCUCUGCAAAAGAUUAGCAAAGCUGAAAUUACAGAAAUUAAAGGGUUUAUCAAUCCUCCGCCUGUUGUUUAAUUGGUCUUAGAGGCUGUUUGCAUAUUAUUGUAAGAGAAGACUGAUUGGAAUUCAGCAAAACAAGUUAUGAUCAGUAGUGAUUUUAUGGAAAGAUUAACAAAAUAUGAUAAAAGUUAGAUUACUGAAUAGAUGUUGAGGAAAUUGAGAUUCAUCACAAUUAAACCUGAAUUUGAUCCAAUUUGUGUUGCUCAAAAAAGUCAAGCUUGUAAAAGUCUGUGUAUGUGGUGUAGAGCUAUUGAUAGUUAUUCCAAGAUUGCAAAGGAAGUAGAACCUAAAAAAAGGAGGGUUGCUGAUGAAUAAUAGAAUUUAGAAAUCAAAAAUUAGGAGUUGGCAGUAAAACAGGAAGAAUUGUAGAAAGUUAGAGAUAAAGUAGCUAAAUUGUAGAAAGAAUGUGAUGAAACUGUAGAAAAAAAGAAUGGAUUGGAGAAAAAGUUAGAAACCAUAAAGAAAAGACUGAUUGCAUCUGAAAAAUUGACAUAUUUAUUAGCUGAUGAAGGAAUAAGAUGGAAAGAUUAAAUUAAAUUGAUAGAGCAAGUUUUGUAGUAAAUUAUUGGAGAUGUUUUCUUGGCUGCUAGCACAGUCAGCUACUUAGGUGCAUUUACAGGUUAAUAUAGGGAGUAAUUGAUAAAGAACGCUGUUUCGAAGUUGAAAGAAUUUGACAUUCCUUUUUCAGAAAACUAUUCCUUAUCUUCAACUCUUGAAAAUCCAAUUGUUAUUAGAGAUUGGGUAAUUAGUGGAUUACCUAAUGAUGCCAUUUCGAUUGACAAUGGAGUAAUUGUAACUAGAGCUGAUCGUUGGCCAUUAAUGAUUGAUCCCCAAGGAUAAGCAAAUAAAUGGCUUAAACAAUUCAAUAAGGAGUUGAAAAUUAUGAGAUUCACAGAAUCGCAUUUUCUAAAAGGAUUACAAUAGUGCAUUAGUUCAGGAUAUGAAGUCUUAUUUGAAGAGGUUGAAGAGAAACUCGAACCAUCUGUUGAUUCAGUACUUUAGAAAUAGAUUAUUGAAGUUGAUGGACGCAGACUUAUUAAGGUAGGAGAUUAGAAAGUCGAUUAUCAUAAUUAAUUUAAAUUGUAUUUCACUACAAAAAUAGCAAACCCUAAUUAUUUACCUGAAGUGUUUAUUAAGACCACAGUGAUUAAUUUCAGUAUCACUUUUGAAGGCUUAUGCGAUUAGUUAUUGGGUGAUGUAAUGAAGUUUGAGAAGCCAGAAAUUGAAAAGCAAAGAGAUGAAAUCAUUAUAAAAAUGAGUAAUGCGAACAAACAACUCAAAGGAGCUUAGGAUUCCAUUUUGGAUUUGUUAGCCAAUGUUACAGGAAAUAUUUUAGAUAAUGAAUAAUUGAUCCACACUCUUGAAGUCUCGAAAUACUAGUCUGCUGAUAUUCAAAAAUCACUUGAGGAAACCAUCAUUGUAGAGUAAUAGAUCAAUGAAUCUAGAAAUCUCUAUCAUUCAGUAGCCAUUAGAGGAUCAAUAUUAUAUUUUGUAAUCUCAGAUAUGAGUUUAAUUGAUCCAAUGUAUCAAUAUUCUCUACAAUAUUUCAAGAAACUCUAUAAUGUGUCCCUCAAUCUCACUCCCAAGACUGAAUUACUUAGUGAGAGAUUGCUCUACUUAGAAGAAACAAUUACUCAAACUGUCUUCAAAGAUAUUUGUAGAGGUCUAUUUUAAUAACAUAGAAAGAUCUUUUCAUUCCUCAUCUGUGCUUAGGUUUAGAGAUAAAAUGGAUCCAUUUCAAAUGCAGCAUGGAAUUUAUUAUUAAGAGAUUAGAUACCUUCAACUCCAAUCAUUAAUCCUGAUAAGGUAUUCUUGAAAGACUCUCAAUGGAAUUUAAUCCUAUGUAUCUAAGAAUAGAUUUCAGAUUUAACUGACUUAUCCCAAGAUAUCAAAAACAACUUGUUGUAUUGGAAAGAGUUCUCCCAAAUAGAUGACAUCUACUAAGCAUCAUUCCCAGCUUAAUCUCCUCUUGCUGUCUCUUCAACACUAAACCCAUUCUAUAGAUUAUUAAUAAUAAAGGCCUUGAAGCCUGAAAAAGUAAUGUUCGGCUUAACUGAGUAUGUAAUUGAGUUAUUUGGAGAGUUCUAUAUAAAUCUAGCUUCAUCUUCUAUGGAGGAGAUUUAUUAGUCAUCAGAAUCGCAUACUCCGAUUAUAUUUAUUCUUUCUCCAGGUGCAGAUCCUACUCAAACCUUAUUUAAGUUGGCAAAAGAGUAAUAAAGUCAAAUUGAUGUAAUUUCUUUGGGACAAGGAUAAGGAAAAAAGGCAGAAACACUGAUUCAGAAAGGUUAGAAGGAUGGAACAUGGAUUAUGCUUCAAAAUUGUCACUUAGCAAGAUCAUGGAUGCCCUAAUUAGAGAAAUUGAUGGAAUCUCUGACAUCACAUCACAUAGAAGUUCAUAAUAAUUUCAGAAUCUUUUUGACUUCCAUGCCUGCUGCUUACUUUCCUGUCAGUACAUUACAAAAUGGUUUAAAACUUACCACAGAACCACCCAGAGGAUUGAAAUCAAAUUUGCUGAGAUCUUACUAAGAAUUCUAACAAGCAGACAACUAAUAAAAACUAUUCAAAUAAUUAUUUUUCAGCAUUUCCUUCUUUCAUGCUAUUGUGCAAGAGAGAAGGAAAUUUGGCCCUCUUGGAUUCAAUAUUUCAUAUGAAUUCAAUGACUCUGAUCUGGAUAUUAGCAUAUAAAUGAUGAAAAUGUUUAUUUCCUAAGAAGAAGAAAUCCCUUGGGAUGCAAUGUAAUUUAUGAUAGGUCAAAUAAAUUAUGGAGGAAGAGUUACUGAUGAUUAAGAUAGAGUGUGCUUAACUUCAAUAUUGAAGAAGUAUUUAGGAGAUCAUAUUGAAAACAAUGUUAAAUUCUCAAAUAGUGGCAUCUAUUAUUUGCCUGAAGAUGAUUAUAUUCAUUAUAUCUCCCAAUUGCCAAAUUAAGAAGAUCCAGAGGUGUUUGGCAUGCAUGAAAAUGCAAAUAUUGUGUUCUAAACUUAGGAGAGUCAAAAGAUACUAGAUAUCAUCUUGUCCAUCCAGCCUCGUGUUAGUAGUACGAGCGCUUAGAAAUCUCCUGACAUGAUUGUCAUGGAAAAGGCUAUUUACUUUUAAAGCAAUCUCCCAGAACUGUUGGAUAAAAAUGUUUGUAAUCAAAGACAUUAUCAAAUUACUGAAAAUGGUAGUGUUUAAUCUCUGUCAACAGUUUUGUUUUAAGAAAUUGACAAAUUCAACAAGCUCUUAGAAUUAAUUCAAUCUACACUAAUUUAAUUGUAAUAAGCAAUUAAAGGUUUCGUAUUGAUAUCCUAAGAGUUAGAUGAAAUGUACCUAGCCUUUCUCAAUAAUGCCAUUCCUCCCAAUUGGAUGAAACAAUCGUAUUCUACUCUGAAACCUCUUUCCAGUUGGUUCAAAGAUUUGAUUGCAAGAGUAACCUUCAUUCGAUCUUGGAUGGAGAAAGACUUCAUACCUGCUUAUUGGAUGUCUGGCUUAUUUUAUCCCCAAGGAUUUUUGACAGGUGUAUUGCAAACACAUUCGAGAAAAUACAAGAUUCCAAUCAAUAAACUAAAUUUCAAAUUUAAGGUGUUGGACAUAGAUCAAGAUAGAAUCAGAGAUGAAAUUAAAGAUGGAGUCUAUGUGUAUGGUCUUUAUUUGGAAGGGGCACGUUGGGACUAUUAACAUGAAACCCUAAUUGAAUAAUAAGUAGGUUAAAUUUAUUUCCCUCUUGCCAUGAUGUACUUCUAACCAAUGGAAGAAUACUAGAUUGGUGAUGAAUAUUAUAAUUGUCCUUGCUACAAGACAUCAAAUAGAACAGGAGUUCUCUCAACAACAGGUUAAUCUACUAAUUUCAUCUUAUCCAUUGAUCUGAUGAGCAAAACUGAAAAACCAGAAUAUUGGACUUUGAGAGGAACAGCUAUAAUAUCUUAAUUAAAUGAUUGA